AUGAAGAAUUUUCCAGUUUUUGUGUUUCCCGUAUCAUUAGAAUUUUACUUAAAUGCUAGACACACUCACAAACAAUUGUUAACGGUUUAUAAUCCAUAUGAUUUCUCUGUGAAUUUCAAAGUAUUGUGCACUUCACCCAAUAAGUUUACUGUGAUUGACCCAGAAGGUGUGAUUGCACCACAAAGUUGUAUUGAUAUAGUGGUUCGAUAUACUCAACCUUCAGCAGCGCAUUGCAACACAACGGAAAAAUUCAGAAUAACAAUGUAUGAUAGAAAUACCCAGCAGGCUCUAGGUAAAAGAGACAUUCCCACUAAAUUAAUAGAAGGAGAACCACUUAACACUAUGCAAGAAAGUUUAGGGGAUAGUUUUCAUCCAUUAACAACUAAAGCUCAAACUAUCAAGCCCACAGAAGAACUUGCAAGAAUUACUUGUAAUCACCCCCUACAUCACAGGGACCAACAACCAAUCAAUGUUGUUGCAGUGGCAGUAAGCAUAUGUUGCAUAUCAGCACUCUUGUUGCCCACCCAGCCAGAGCAAACUGCUCCUUCACAAUUACCAAAUUGGCUUCACAUUGGUUCAAAUCUCAAAUUAGUGUUUUCUUUUGUACUCGGUUUGGUCUAA